AUGGGGGCCAAAAGCGUGUUCCCAGAGAUCAUGACCUCUGUGUCCCAGAUAAGACUCAUCCUGCAGUCUCACAGCAAGGAGAGAACACCAGCCUCACCGCCUGCCAUUUCUCUUGCUUGGGUGCUCUUUACUCUUCCAGCCACCUUUGUCACUAUCCCGGCAGGGGCUCAGCAGGAGCAGGAGUUUCUGAGGAUUUGGCCCAUAAAGCCUGUGGUGGAAUUUGGAGGCUCCAUUGUAUUAAACUGCAGUGCCAGUUGCAAGAACAUUGCCCUGGAGACCAGCUUAAACAAUGUUCUAGCAGGGGAGGGUCCUACUUGGAGAGCCUUCAGCCUCACCAACGUCAGCAGCUGGGAACCAAAACCACAGUGCUAUGCUACAUGUCAAAGUAAUACAUUUCAGGAAGCAGCCAUCACCGUUUACCGAGCUCCGGAGCGCGUAGUGUUGGAUCCGCUGCCCGAGGUGGAGGUGGGUAAGGAGUAUAAUGUGACUUGUCGAGUUUUCGAUGUUGCCCCCAUCCGGAACCUCACCGUAACCUUGUAUCAAGGGGAGAAGAGGCUCUAUGUGGAGACCUUUGAGGACCACAGGAAUCCUGAAGCCGGCAAUGUUGUGGUGACAAGCAACAGCAUCACCGCUCAGCAGAAUGGCCACGGAAAGGAAGUCACCUGCCGCGCAGCUCUGGACCUGAGGCCGGAAGGGCCCUUCUUGGAAAAAGCAUCAAAUAAUCAAAGUAGAGUGGCAUACCCUCCAGAGCAGGUGAUCAUGGAGCUCCAGAAGUCUUCCACAGGCCAAAGCUGGCACUAUAACCUGAAAUGCCACAUUGUAAGAGUGGCCCCUCUCAGCAAGCUCACAGUGACCUUCUUCAAAGGGGCAGAGAGGCUACAUUCACAGAAACUCUGGAACUAUACCAGGCCUGAGCGUGCCAACGUUACAGUCACCCACCCCAUCACCCUGGGACCGUGGGACCAUGGGAAGGCGGCUACCUGUCACGUGAUGCUGGAUUUCAGCCCCCACAAAAAGCCCUUCACUGCUGCAUCCCGCAAGGUGGCACUCAGGACAGCUGAAUCCUGCACAGCUAUAGUUGUAGCUGCUUCUUCUAUAGCCAUGCUAUCUCUCCUGCUGGUGGGCAUUCUUGUCUACUAUCUGGUCUGGGUGCCUGCAGCUUCUAAAUAGAACCCAGGAGGGCAGAAGAAACGUCAAGCUAAGUAAGUCGAAAAAGCUUUGUCACAGAGAUAAAGACGACCACACAACUUGUGUUUUAUGAACAUCCAAUACAGAAGCAAUGAGCUAUGAGUCAUAAAGCAACUAUGAAGCAUUUUGUACAUGGAAAAGUACUGUGAACCUUUUACUUAAAAAAGUAACACAAGCCGGAAUCACAAUCAGACUUGGUCUUGAGCCUGACACCCAGGGGAGGUGGGGAGAGGCAUGUUGUCAGGCCAAUAGCCUUAUUUCCCUCCACUCCUCUCUUCCUUCUACUGGAGGUGCACCAAUCAGAUGCCCAAGUGACACAGUAGCUGUGUGGAUGAUGUGCCACCCAUUCAUUGUUUUUAAGGACCUCUCAUAUUUCAGAAGCUUUGUCUACAACCAGCUGCACGAAUAUAAGACGGGGAAUGCCUGGCUUGCCGAUAGAAUUGUAGAGUUGGAAGGGACCCCCAGGGUCAUCUAGUCCAGCCCCCUGCAAUGCAGAAAUCUCAACUAAA